AUGAAACAAUUAUAAAGGUACGAAGUUUGUGAAUCAUCAUAAAUAAAAGAAGGAUAAAUAUUUUCAUAUACUGUAAAAGAUGGAGAUAAUUCUGAAUAUGAAUUACUUAUAAUAAGAUAUUAAGGAAAAUUAUAUUGUGUAGGAGGAAUUGACACUUAUGAUGGUAAAACAAGCUUAAAAAAUGGAAUUUGUUUUGAAAAUAAAUUAUAUAGCCCAUAAAAUGGUUCAGCAUUUAAUAUAUAAACUGGUUUACCUGAAUUAGCUCCUGCGAUAGAUGAGUUACCCCGAUUUUAUGUGGAGGAAGUAAUUUAAAUUAAUAAAAAAAAUGAUAAUAUAAUAAAAAUUAAAAAGAAAUAAGGAAAAGUAAUAAUUUAUAUACCUAAAUAUAUUCCUAAAAGAAUAGUACCCGCGUUUCAAACUAAAUAUGCAAGUGAUUUUAGAAAAGUGGUUAUAAUAGGAUCUGGGCCAGCGGCUUUUGGAGCGAUAGAAUCUUUAAGAUUAACUGGUUAUACUGGAGAAAUAACAUUAAUAACAAAAGGAACAAAACUUCCUUAUGAUAAAACUAAAUUAACAAAGAGUUUCAAAAAUUUAAAUUAUAAAAAUCUUUAUUUAAGAGACGAAGAUUGGUACGAAUCAACUGGAAUUAAUUUUAUGUUAGGAAGGGAAGUCGUAUAUGUUGAUAAAACUCAUGGUUCUCCUUAUGUUUUACUUGAAGAUGGUCUUAAAAUUGAAUAUGAUGGACUUAUUGUUGCAACAGGUGUCUCUCCUGAAAUAAGGGAAAUAGAAGGACUUUAGGAAAAAGAAAAUGUGAGUUUUUUAUAUAAUAUGGAACACCAUAAAAAGAUAAAAUACUAUUUAGAAAGUGCAAAGCAUAUUACAAUUUUAGGUAAUAGUAUUAGAACAAUGGAAUGCGCUUCAACUAUAAAAAAGGAAUUCCCUCAUAUUGAUAUUUGGGUUGUAGAUGAAAAUAAAAAACCAGUAAUGGGUUAAGAAUACGGCGAAGAAUUAUAUGAUCAGAUUCUGAAGUAUUAAAAUUAAUGA